AUGUUCAAACGCUCCUUUUCCUCAAAGGACCGAGUGGGCAAGUCGGUCAAGCCCGUCAAGAAGACCUAUCGCGACCAAACAAAAGUCAAACUUCAGGAGAAACUAGGCAGUCCGCCAAUUGAAGGUAACCUUGCCGGUCCUAUCGUGACCUUGGUUGUAGGUCGAGACCAGCGGCUUUUUGCUGCACAUGAGGACGUCCUGUCUCUUUCGCCUUUCUUUUCCGCUGCUCUGAAACAUCAAAUUCUGGAUGGCAGUUCGAAACAGAUUAGCCUGCAAGACGAAGAACCCGAAAUAUUUUCCUGUGUCCUCGAAUACCUUUACAAAGGUGACUAUUACCCACGCUUGCUGCACAGCAAACGCCGGAACUCCUGGUAUCUCGAGGAUGCCAAAGACCCCCAUAAAACAGGAGGCCGAGGAUCAAGCGAAUCGGUCGUUUUUCACCCUGGCGUGGGCAACUUUAUCCUUCGCGACACCGCCAUAUACUGUGCCGCUGAGAAGUUCGGCUUGGAUGAUUUGAAAGGCCUUGCUCUCAAGAAGCAGGGCCUUCAAAUUGGAAUCCCGGUUGAUGUGAUCCUUCGCUCGGCGCGGUAUACCUACAACAACACGCCAGACUCCGAAUCGCGACUCCGCGCUCAUUUUUUAGCCCUGAUUAUUCGAAGUCGUAAGACUUUCAAGAGAAGUGGAACAAUGCAGAUGGAGAUGGAGUCAGGUGGCAAAUUGUUCUUCGAUUUGUUCGUAGCGAUGUGCAAUCACAUCGAUGAUCUUGUUGAGAUUAGCCGGUCUCCCAAGGUCAUCUAA